AGCCCGCGGGCCGGGGCUGGCGGCGUCCUCGUGGUUCUGUGUGGUUGUGGUUCUUCCGUCGUCGUCCAUGGGUCUCCAUGGUGACGGCAGGGCCCGGACCCGGGGAUCGGCAGCCCGAGUGGGGCCGCGGGGUUCCGGGGGCCUCCGCGGCGGCGUGGCCGUGUUCGCCGCCGUGGCCGCCGUGUUCACGCUCACGCUGCCCCCCUCGGUGCCGGGGGGAGACUCGGGGGAACUGAUCACAGCCGCACAUGAGCUUGGAGUUGCCCAUCCUCCUGGCUAUCCGUUGUUCACCUUGGUGGCUAAACUGGCGAUGAUACUGUUUCCUUUUGGUUCUAUUGCCUACCGAGUCAACCUUCUCUGUGGCUUAUUUGGAGCAGUAGCUGCAUCGUUACUGUUUUUCACCGUUUUCAGGCUUUCUGGCUCGUAUGCUGGAGGAAUCCUUGCUGCGGGGGUGUUUUCAUUUUCUCGUCUAACAUGGCAGUGGUCCAUUGCAGCAGAGGUUUUCAGCUUAAACAAUCUGUUUGUGGGGCUGCUUAUGGCUCUUACUGUACACUUUGAGGAGGCAGCAACCGCAAAGGAGAGAUCAAAGAUAGCAAAAAUUGGUGCUUUCUGUUGUGGCCUUAGUUUAUGUAACCAACACACAAUACUGCUGUAUGUUUUGUGUAUAAUACCUUGGAUCCUCUCUCAACUUCUAAAGGAAAAGGAACUGUCUCCGAGCUGUUUGCUGACAUUGACUCUGUCCUUCUCUGCUGGUUUGCUACCUUACGUGUACCUCCCUAUCUCAUCCUACAUCAAUCACGCCCGCUGGACCUGGGGGGACCAGACGACACUGCGAGGAUUUCUGACACAUUUUCUCAGGGAAGAAUAUGGAACAUUCAGCCUGAACGAAGCAGCAGGAUACAUGCAAGAACAUUCUCAAGUAACCAGUAUGAAGACAGAGCUCUCAUUCAAUAUCCAAGCCCUUGCAGUCUGGGCUAAUAUAUGUUCUGUAAAAAAGGACAGACAGAAUCCAUCACUAGUUCGGCUUUUUACUGCAAUGUUUUGCAUUUAUUCAUUAUUCUUUGCAUGGAGGGCAAAUCUAGAUAUUUCAAAACCACUUUUCAUGGGUGUGGUGGAGCGAUUCUGGAUGCAAAGCAAUGCUGUGGUGGCCGUCCUUGCUGGCAUUGGUUUGUCUGCACUUGUGUCUGAGACUAAUCGAGUGCUGAACAGCAGUGGGCUGCAGCAUCUGGAGUGGCUUUCAGCAACUCUGUUUGUAGUUUACCAACUAUAUUCUAAUUACAGUAUUUGUGACCAAAGAACCAACAAUGUGAUUGAUAAAUUUGCAAAGAACCUUCUAGACUCGAUGCCUCAUGAUGCAAUCAUCUUACUCAGAGGAGAUUUACCUGGAAAUUCUCUUCGUUACAUGCAUUACUGUGAGGGGCUGAGACCUGAUAUUUCAUUAGUAGACCAAGAAAUGAUGACUUAUGAGUGGUAUUUACCCAAGAUGGCAAGGCAUUUACCAGGAGUCCACUUUCCUGGAGACCGGUGGAAUCCUGUGGAAGGAGUAUUACCCAGUGGAAUGGUCACAUUUAAUCUUCAUCACUUUCUUGAAAUAAAUAAACAAAAAGAAACAUUUGCUUGCAUUGGAAUCCAUGAAGGUGACCCAACCUGGAGAAAGAACUAUUCACUUUGGCCUUGGGGCUCUUGUGACAAAUUAGUUCCUUCAGAGAUUGUAUUCAACCCUGAGAAAUGGAUUACACUAACAAGAAACCUUUAUAAUUGGACUGAAGAAUAUGGAAGGUUUGAUCCAUCUUCUUGGGAAGCUGUGGCCAAUGAAGAAAUGUGGCAAGCCAGGAUGAAAACCCCAUUCUUCAUCUUUAGCCUGGCAGAAACCGCAGAUAUGCCGUCCAGUGUGAAAGGUCGACUCUACACUCAUGCAUAUAACUUGUAUAAGGAGAUUGUCAAUUUACAAAAGGAGCACCCAGUGAAUUGGCACAAGAACUAUGCCAUCGCCUGUGAGCGGAUGCUGCGUCUUCAGGAGAGAGACACAGACCUGGAAGUCCUGUUGUCUGAAACCAUCAAACAUUUUCGUCUCUAUACUCAAAAAGCACAAAAUGAUCCCCAGCUAGCUGAUAUUUCAGUUGCUCUCAAUCACCUAAGAAAAGAACUGCAAAGUCUGAGAAAUAGGAAAAAGGCCUAACCCAGCAAGAAGUGAAAAACUGCUUGUCAUUUCGCUUCCAAAAUUCUGAAGUCCAAAAGUUUUUCCUCCAAGCAAAAACAAAAACAAAACAAAACGAAAAGCUAGCAGUACUGUAUCAGGAUGCUCCACCUGAGAUGUACUAUGUAUGCAAAUUCUGUUUAUUCUGUGUUCCCAAAUUAGCAUUUCCAGAGGCUUUCAGAAACAUCCUUCCACACUCACUCACCAAAUGACUAGGUCUGAUACUAGGUUCUACAUGACUAGUUUUCUUAUACUGAAACUAUUAAUCAUAAGUCUUUUAAGGGCUGUGCUUAUUAGGAUCAGUUUUAAAAGUUAAAUUCUUAAAAUCUUCAUACCAACUCCAAGACGCUUUCUAUUUCUUGCAAGUGAAAUGGUUUUUUAAAAGAAGGAACCUUGACAUGCUUCAUUUUAGGGUUUCUUUUUUAAGUAAUGGCUUGUUCCACCAUCUCAUACUUCAUACUACUUACCUUUCCCAGUAGGUGUUAUUCUGAAAAAAGUUUGAAUCGUAUUGUACCCGAUAGCUUUCCUACAAUCACCAAAAAGAAAAGCUAAUUUAAUGUUUGCUUAUUUCAGUUACAGAAAUGAAUGGCAAAUAAAAAGUAUUUUCUAUUUACUCAAUUUAUUUCAUAUUUAUAUAUUACUUCUUUUAGACUCACAGAUCUAGGCCCAAUAAUUAGUAGGCUCCUGCUGCCCAAAUGCAAAAAAUAAAAGGGGGGGGAGUGUGAUUAUUGGGGGAUGGGGAAGUUGUUCAAUAAAUUCAUUUCUGUUACAAGCAUCUUUUAUACACAUUACUAAAGAGAACAGAGUAAGAAAUGCAAAUAAUGGUUCUUUAUUUUAUUAUGACAGUUAAUUAAUAGCAACCUGUUUUAAUGAAUAAAGUCACUCAGAGUCCUUCAGCACUUCCUAAGUAGAGGCCAGAAUCCGUAGGGAUUCUUUUCCCCCCAAUUGUAUAGCUCCUAGACUCCAAGCACCAUAUAGGCCCCUGUAUAGAAAUGCUCACUAAUGAAGAGGGAGGGCCAGAAGCUUGUCUGCAUUCAAAGAUCACUGGUGAGUCAUUCAGCAAGAAAAGGCCCCUUACCAGGAAUAGUCACAGUUCCGUGGCAUUGUACUAGCAAAAGGGUCUGAUCAAAGGUCUCCUGUGGCGCUUGCAUGGUUCCCUUUCAUACUACGACCAUAAUUAAAACCACUAAUUCUCUUUUAAAAUGCUGCAGGAUGCCAUGUAGGCAUCUGUCUGGAGUGUCCUUUGUGAUGUCAUAAGCUGUUAAGGACCGGUGCCGAGGGCUUUUGAGCGAAAUGCCAGUCAUGAAGGUGCUUCAAGACAAGGGUGCCUCUAAAAGCUUGACAGGGCCUUGACUGCACAAUUCGAGCUGAAUUUGCCCCUUGUCAGCUGCCAGUAAAUAAAUCUCAAAGGGGGAAAAGCUGAAGUUUCAUUACCUGAUCCAUGGGGCUUUGUUGGUUUUGGCAUCACACAGGGGAAGCUCUUGCCCCGCCAUUCUCUGGAUUUGAAGAUGUCCAUUGGAGCCUGCAGUGCCUGGACAGGGUUCAGAGCGGAACCUUUUGAAGAGUGUCAAUAGUUGUAACAGUUCAGCUGUUAGGAAGACAAAUAAAUGGAGGAGCUCAUUAAUCCGCUUUUGGCUCUCAGUGCCUUUUGCCCUUUUAUCACAGCCUUAUUAGGCUCCUACUCAUCUUGAACCAGAAAAAAAUGAAUUGAAGUUGUUGAGGACUAAUUGGCAAAGACUUUUAAUCAUGGGCCAAGAACUUUCACUGACUUGAAAGUAACUUCUCCACAGGGAAGAGCUAGAAACCUGGUUUACCUUAAAACCAAAAUGUGUUGGAGUUCAGUGUGGUGUAAAAUUUAAGAAAGCGUUGAUAAAUUGUCUUAAGUGUAUCUAUUUGAAAGAAAUUAUGCAAGAUUAUGAUUUUUUGUACUUGUCUGGGAAAAAUAAUAAAAUACAAAGAUUCCUUUAAAAAUGCAUUGUCUUUAUUGGUUC